AAGUCAGCAACGCGGAAGUAGCGAGGCGGAAGUGCCCGCGGUUGCCAUGGUAACCGAGGCCUGCGGGCGGCCAUGGGCGAGCUGGGCCCCGAGGGCUCCGGGGGCGCUCACAGGCUGCGGCCCGGCCUGCAUUUUAAGUCGUCCACGGUGAAAGAAUGCAUCCACGCGAUACUGAAGGAGAAGCUGGCCGAUGCUCAGUACGUCCCUGAAGAAGUGCCUCAGCUUACAAAGUCUUUAUCAGAGAUAAUAAAAGAUAGGCUGAAAGAGGAGGGAUUUGACAGGUACAAAAUGGUGGUGCAGGUUGUGAUUGGAGAGCAGAGGGGAGAAGGAGUGAAUAUGGCUGCGCGGUGUUUCUGGGAUGCUGACACUGACAGCUAUGCUCAUGAUGUUUUCGUUAAUGACAGCCUCUUUUGUGUGGUAGCUGCAUUUGGCUGCUUCUACUAUUGAAGAUGGUAAAGAUUGCACAAAAGGACAAAGGUGGGGAGGAAUACUUUAGAGUGUUUUUGCUAACACACACAAAAGCACCAUAUUCUUCCCUUAAUACCUAACACAAUACAGCUCUACAAAGCACGUCCUACACCUGUUACACUACAACGUCCCUCCUCCCUUGUGGAUAUCAAUGUAGCUUUAAGCACAUUAUUAUCUCCUUGAUUUAAAUCACCCUUUGUUUUUAUGUAGUGUACUGGUUUUGUCCUAAACAGUAUACUGCCAAUAGCCAUUGUUUCUAGGGCAAACUCAACUUUUGUUGUAAAAGAGUUCCGUAACUUUUUUUGUUAAUUUUCUGAAGUGAAUGAAAUAUUUAUAAGAAAUAUAAUAAAUCUGUGUAUUUACUGUUUCUCUCCUGUGUGUUUACACUUGCUUUUUCCACCAAUGGUUCUUUUUCUCCACUCUGCAAAAUGCACUAGCCUUGAUUGCUCAUCAGUGCUUCUCAGAUAAGCAUUUUCUGAGGAUUCUUUCUAAAUUAAUAAAUCUUCUCUCUAAUUCUG